AUGGACGCUCCUCUCCGCCGCCCAGCGGGGAUCCUGGGCUCCCCCCCGGCUGACGGGAGCCAGCCCGCGGGCUCAGACUCGCUCUCCUCCGGCACUAAGCCUCUCGCUUUCUCCAUCGACCGGAUCAUGGCCCGCACGCCCGAGCCCAGGUCGAUACCUCUGCCCGGGUGGUUCCAGCCUCCUCCCGGGGGGAAACCCGACGUGUGUCCGUCCUCCCUGCACUGCAUGAUCCCGCUGCUGCCGCUCGGAUACGACGCACCGGGACACCGAGUCAGCAUCGGCGGGCUGGACGCGGGACACCUGGACGCGUCCUCCGUGGGGCCCGCGGACCUCCUGAGCUUCGGGCUCAACUACAAGAGCCAGCAGGAGGAGAGCGGCCCCCAGUACAAACUCUUCAGACCCCGGGUGGUCAACCAGGCCUCGUUCCCCACCUCCGUGAGCACCGUGUGCUACCUGAACUGCAGCGGGGACGGCAGCGCGUGCCCUCCGCCGGCCGGCCUCGUGAACCUUCACCCCAUGGCCUCCUACCUGCUGAGCGCGAGGCACAAAGCGUUCAUAACGGAGAGGAACAAACCGGGCGGCGUGCAGCAGGGCGGGGAGAGGUUCCCGGUGUCUCCGAGUCACAUCCAGCACUUCAUGAAGGAGCGGGAUCAGAUCCUCACCGACAAGAUCUUCAAGAGCUCCGUGUCCGCUGCAGCCCGGAUCAACGGCUCGAUCCCGGGCAGCAAACCCAAAGUGUUCACCUGUGAGGUCUGCGGCAAGGUGUUCAACGCGCACUACAACCUGACCCGUCACAUGCCCGUGCACACGGGAGCGCGUCCGUUCGUCUGUAAAGUUUGUGGGAAAGGAUUCAGACAGGCGAGCACGCUGUGCAGACACAAGAUCAUACACACUCAGGAAAAACCGCACAAGUGUAACCAGUGCGGGAAAGCCUUUAACCGCAGCUCCACGCUCAACACGCACACACGGAUCCACGCGGGAUACAAGCCGUUCGUGUGUGAGUUUUGUGGGAAAGGAUUUCACCAGAAAGGAAACUACAAAAACCACAAGCUGACGCACAGCGGGGAGAAACAGUUCAAGUGCUCGAUCUGCAGCAAGGCGUUCCACCAGGUGUACAACCUCACCUUCCACAUGCACACGCACAACGACAAGAAGCCGUUCACCUGCCCCACCUGUGGGAAAGGCUUCUGCAGGAACUUUGACCUGAAGAAACACAUCAGGAAGCUGCACGACCCGGCCGGCCCGCAGUCGCCCCCGCAGGCCUGAACAUGAACUCUGCUGCUCCCAAAAACACCAAAAACCCAACAUCAGGUCCUCAACGUGGCCCCAGCAGGCCAGGAACUAAAAUUAGACCCUGAUAUUUCUGCUUUACUAAGUCUGAAGGGUGUUAGAGGGAAAGUAUUAUUAUAAUUCCAGAACUUUUGCCCCCUUAUUGCUGUGAUUUGCCCCUGUGAAUCUCCCCAAAUCCUUAUCUCACAUGACUGAAUUUAACCUCUUCUUUCCUGUGCUGACAUGAAAUUCUCCAAAUUCUUGCAGCUGAUUUUUCAAGGCUGGUUUGGAUGCCAUUCCAGACAAAAUAUCCUAAAUGAUGACUCCUUUUAGUCUGCAAAAAUGGUCAAAAUACAACCAACAGAAACUGAAAUAUUCAGACUUAACACCCCCAGUUCCAAAAGGUCAAAUCCUUUCCCUUUAUGCAUUUAGAUCUUACAUUUUUUCAACAUUUUUACAACUUGUUACAGAUUUUCUGUUGUGAACGUGUAAUCCAAAAUACAACCAAACAUGGUGAAAUAUUUGGUUGUUGAUCAAAUAUAGCCUCAAAUGCUCAGUAUUUGCACAAAUGCCCUUUGUUUGGCAGUUAAUCUUGUUAGAAAAGGUUUUAAACUUCAUUAUCUCCAAAUGCUUGCUGCUGUUUUUUCAAGGUUUAUAUGGGUGUCAUCUUAGACAAAACCUUCCAGGAUCAUGACUCUUAAGAGGCUGCAAAAACAGCCAAAAUCCAACCAAAGGAGGCUUAUGCUACUAAAAUAAUCAAAAACAUGGAAUCCUUUCUCAUGCUGCAUUAAGAAUGCUAUGUUUCCCACAUCUUUAAAACUUUUAACAGAUUUUCUGUUUUAAGUUUGUAGUUUGGAUGUCCAAAAUUCAGACAAGCAUGAUGGAACAUUUCGUCUAUCAAGUACGCCUCCAAAAGCUUUAGUAACACUAUGCCUGCUUUCUUUCAGUUAACAGAGUUGAACACUUGUCUAAAUCCUUCCUGCUGAUUGUAUAAAGGCUGAUAAAUAUAAAAUUUAGACAAAAAUGUCCUACAUUAUGACUUACAGAGGCCAAAAAAUAUUUAAAUUCCAACCAAAAGAGGCCAAGGUAUUUCCAUUUCUUGAAUAAAACAAUUCAUGCUCCAAAAACGUAGAAACCUUUCCCAUCACAAAUUGAAACUGCAUUUUUCCACAUCCUUGAAAGCUAGAACAGAUUUUCUGUUGUAAAUUGUUAGUGUCCAUGUCUGAAAUUAAGACAAACAUGGACAAAUGUUUGGUUUUCUGUCACCGUGAUCCCCAACCUUUUGUCCCUCGAGGCCCCAAAUAGUAUCUAAGAAAUGCUUAGCCCCCCAGGACCCACUCGGACAAAUAAUAAACAUCAAUUUUAUUUUUCAUUGACAAAAUUCGAGACAUACAUAAUAGGUUCUUGCCAAAAAAACCUGUGUAUAAACUUUACAUUAUUACAACAGCUUAUAAAGGCCACUCUAAAAUAAGCGGAUCUAUUAAUUUUUGAGAAAAUCAAAAUUUGCAAGGUUUAAAAGCAAAUUCCUGAAUAAAAAUCACAAUUAUUGACCUUAAAGUCAAAAAGAGAUCACAAAGAUGGAAAUGGCCAAUUGCAUUGAGAGUACUGUGAAAGUUCUGAUGUUGAGAGCCGGAUGUAAUACUUACUAAGGCUGAAUAAGAAGGAAUUAUUUGUGAUUUUAGAAAAGAAUGAUCACAUAGUCAGGCCAUUAGUUUGCAUUUCUGUAAACGGGGGCUUUCCA